GCAUUUGUGUGUAAACAAUUGUCAUUUGAGAAUUUGUUCAAUUAUUAAAAUCAUAUUAAACAAAAAAUCUACAUAAGAAAAAUAAUAAAUAAAGAAAAAUAUGCCACUAACUGCAGAGAGCGCUGCCCAGCAAAUUCAGGAUCGCUUAAAGGACAUUCAGCAGCACAUACACAAAGUGGACAAUGAGCGCCGACGUGCGGAGAGCUCAAUUGCCAGCCUGGUGCGUGCCCAGCAAAAUCAGACAGCGAAUUCCAAAUUGAAAACGCUGCUCCAAUCCAAGAUUUUGGAGGCAACCCAAGAGGAAGCCACCAUCCGAGCAGCCUUGGCCAAAAUUCACGAGAUCCGAAAUAUACGCAACGAACGACGUAUACAGGCUCGCAAUGCUGGCAACAAGGAAGCGAUUCGUCGUGGAGCUCUCAUGAAAAUGGUUCAAUUGUCUGCCCAAACAUUACCCCUAUUCGUUGGUAAGCCGGGCGAACGUGCGCCGGCAUUGUGUGGCGCUAUUCCUGCGGAGAGCAGCUAUGUGGCCAAGGUGGGUGACAAUGUGGCUGCGUUGGCCAAGGGCUCCGACGAGGAGGAGAACUGGAUAUUGGCCGAGGUGGUGCAAUUUUUGCACAGGCAAAACAAAUACGAUGUCAUCGACAUCGAUGAGGAGCAAAAAGAUCGACAUGUGCUGAGCAAGCGCAAAGUGAUUCCAUUGCCAUUGAUGCGCGCCAAUCCCGAAACGGAUGGACAUGCGCUGUUUCCCAAGGAUACAGUGGUCAUGGCUCUGUAUCCACAAACGACUUGCUUCUACAAGGCAAUCGUGCAUCGUCUGCCGCAGAUGGCAACGGAGGAAUACGAGGUGCUCUUCGAGGAUUCAUCGUAUUUGAAUGGCUAUGCAGAACCGUUGCCAGUGGCCCAACGAUAUGUGAUUGCCUACAAGCCCACCAAGAAGGGUGCGGGCAGUGGCAGUGGCAAUCUCUCCUCGGCCUAAAUUAAUUAAUAAACACGUUUAUAACAGCUAUAUAGAUAUAUAAUUGUAUACUUAAUUUCUAAAUGAAAUCUUA